AUGAAUAACAAGGAAGAUUUUAAGGUGUUCAGACUUUUUAGAUUGAAUGGCAAACCCAGGAAUGCCAGCAGCAUAAUGGACGUUCUUUGGCAGCCUCCUCUACCUGGCCGUGUUAAAGCAAACACCGAUGGUUCUGCUUUGGAAUCACCUACCGCUGCAGCCAUAAGAAUUUUAUUCAGAGACCACCAUGCUAACUACUUGCGAGGAUCGUCUCAAAACAUAGGCUAUCAAAGCUCUUCUUUUGCAGAAUUUCAAGCUGUUUUGAAAGCUUUAGAGAUCGCUAAACAUCAGAAUUGGAAACACUUGUUGAUCGAGUCAGAUUCAAUGAAUGUGGUGCUAGCUUCUAAGAACACAGCUUCUGUUCCUUGGAGACUAAGGAACAGCUGGGCUAAUCUUUCUGUCGUGGAGGAAGGAAGCAGAGUGAUAUUCACUCAAAUAUGUAGAGAAGGGAACAUAUGA